AUGAUUGUGUAUUAUUUACACAGUUUGGUAAGUUCAUAUUUAAAAUAAAAUAAUAUGUUAAAAUAAAAAUUUAUGUUAGAUAAAAAAAUUAAAGUAUUAAUUGUAAAAAUUUCGAUAUUUAUUUUUACAUGAUUAAUUAUGAUAAGUACGUAUUCAUAAUAAAGAUUACAAUUUUAAUAAAAAUAAGGACAAAUUUUGGUAAAUGAAUCCAAAAUUGUAUAUUUCACAUGUAUUAGAAUAAAAUAUUAAUCAAUAAAUUAUUGUUACUAACGUUCAGUUUAAAGAUCGACAUGUAAUAAAUUACGUGCUACGAGAUUUAACUGGUUGAUUUAAUGUAUUUGUCGCGCACCUUUUUUAUUUUGUUCUUAGCGCGUUAAUUAAUUAACACGCUAAUUUUUAUUAGCGUUUAGUCUCAGCUUGUUACUGUAUUUUGUUGUUUUGAACAACUCUAUAUUGUACACACAUAUUCUAUACUGCACGUCAGGUUAUCGUAAUAUAUCAAAUUUCUGCAAUUAAUUUAAAACUCUACUGUUAAUAUUUAAGAUUUAAAUUCAAUUACAAAAAUUUGACAGUUUUGACUAUAGUGUAGGUGCUGUUGAAUGUUUAUACCAGUUUAUACGUUAUUUGGUCAAACAUAAAAAUUUAGAUUUCCUCUUUUUAUGAUUUGUUAAUUAAUUACUGCUGAAAAAUACUACGGCUACUCAUAGUGUGAAUUUUCUUGAAAAAAUAAUUAUGAUAUCCAAGUUUUCACUUUGUGUAAUUUGGUGGUUAUUCCAUCUUACUGCUUGUAACCAAAAAAUAGGACCAGAUCCAUGGGAUUUUGAUAAUGAUAAGGGAUCACCUGCAUCUGAGAAUGAUUACAAUACGCCUCCAGAUCUUAAAAUCCCAUUGAAGAAGAAAAUUCCAAGUACUGUAAACUCUGGCACUGGAGAUUGGUUUUUUAAGAGAACAUUAGCAAUUAUUUUAUAUGGAGGUCACAAUCAAGUUAAUGAAGAUGGCAGUGUAGAUAUUUCAUUACAAAUGAAGUUUGAAUUAAAUCGCUGGGAGACUCUUGAUCAAUAUAUUAAGUCAAAUGUGGCUUUUACUGAUGAUAUGUUUCGACGUUCGAUUGGAUAUGUGGAGGAUGCUAUUUAUAAACCUACAGUGACAGAGAAAAUGGUACUCGCCUGGAAUGAGUAUAUAUUGUACUAUUUGACAGAAUACAAGGUGAACAGUAUUUUAGCAACUUGUAUUACAUACAAAAUUAUUACAUCAUGAAAAUUUUGUAUAAAUUUCUUUUGAUAAUUUUCCAGCUUUACCUCACAUCGGUUCUUGGAGGAUUUGCUAUAAUGGGACUAUUGCAUUGGCUUUGGAAACGCAUUUCACAUAAACAUGUCCUCAUUAUACUGUUUAUAGGUUUAUAUAUUUAUGAAGUGAUCAUUUCAUACAAGGAGGCAGAACAAAAAGAAUUAGAAACAUUUAUGGCAGCUGUUGACAGAUGUAGUUGGUACUUCUGGAGAUCAAGCUGUGAUGUCCCUCCACCUGAUCCUCUUAUAUUUAUGAAACACAUGAAUCCACUGAAAAUUUGCAUUAGAAUGUUCACAACACUGUUAUCAGAGCCAAUGGUAUCACUUAGUGCAACUGUAAACACAAUGGUGCAUAGUAUGACAGGUAUGAAUUUAUAGUUAGCACAAAAUAAAAUGUGUGUUAAUUAAUCAGAUAACUUAUUUUUUCUAAUUUAUCAUCUCAUUUGUUUCAGAUGGAUUAUGGUUCCCAUUUGAUAAAAUAUUCCAUAGUCUUCUAAUUUUAUGUAUCAAUGUCUUGCUGAUUUUCAUAUUAAUAAUGAUAACAUUUAAUUUCAUAUUGAAUAUACCAUUUAAUUUGAGUUUUUUAGGUUUAAUCAAUUUUGGAGUUAAGCAACGGCAUAGAAAUUUAAAUUUAAUUGAUGAGAGACCUAAUGAUGGAGUACGCAAUAAUGAAAAUAAUAAUAUUGAUAGAAUUAGUGGUGCUACUUUAAAUAGAAUAUUAGAUGUUUAUUCUCGUGCUUUAGAUAAUUCGCAAAGUAUUAACAGAAAAAAUGGUAAUUCGUCUACAGACACAUCCAACAAUAUGCUUAAAAUUAAAAGAUCUGCUAGUACUAGUCGAUUACCUACUGCUUUAGAAUCCAGAGAAAUUCAUCAUGCUGAUAAUAAUUCAAAGAGACAGAAAGCUAUGUUUAUGUUUGGAGCAGGUGAUGGAAAAAUAAGUCAUAAUAAGCUUUAAAUAAAUAAGCCCAGUUGGUAAUAAUGUCAUAAGUUUUUACUAUUAUGAAAGUCUCAGAGAGGCUAAUAAUGCUUUUAAUAACUACUGUGAUAUUAUUUAUAAAUAUAAUAUUAAUAUGACUUGUGACAAUCAGUUUUCUGCCUGCCCUACGAGGGCUACGGCGUAAAGAUGUAGCAGAAAAAACUUGUACCUGUUAUGGAAAGUUGAUAAUUUAAUAAUUAUUUGUAAUGACAACUUCCGUUUUUAUU